UUAUCUCUAGCAUGUUCUUAAUUUAAGACUAUUUUAUUGUUGAAUUGGUAAUAAAUGUUUUUAAUCCUUGAUUUUUUUCUAUUAUCUUCCAAUUUUGGUUUUUGUAUUUUGUUUUAAAAAGUGAAAACUGUAUUUUAAAGACAAAUAAAUAAAUAAAACAACGUAUGGUUGUAUUGUAUGUAGCCAAAAAUAAAUAAAUAACUCCAACGAUGAGCUUUGCUUUUUGAUCGAGCGCGUCCUCUAGUGGACAUAAUCGGUGACGCAGGCACACACAUUAAAAAAAAAAUACAAAAAAAAAGUUAAUUCAAGAGAUUUAUCUACAUUUUUUCCAAACUCUACCUAAUAUAGAAACUAGACACCAAAUGAGCAUAAAUUAGAUUCUUGAAGAAAUAAAAACUGCAACGUCAUUUAGGCUUUUUGAUCUAGUGGAGUCGCCGUAGUUCCUCUUCCUUGGGUCAUGUGACAGGAAAAAAAGAUGUCAACAUCACCCAAGUUCCUCACAGUGGAAUGAGUCUGUAUUGAUGGUGUAAAAUGAAACUUUGAUAUGUGACAUUUAUCGUCGCGUUAUCCCAGCACAGGAUGGCUGUGUGUCAGUCUGGCCAGUCCUCGCUGGUUCACAGCUUGGCCACACUCCUUCGUAAUAAUGGGGACGUGGUUCUGGACGGCAGCAGCACCUUGACGCUGCCGGCUUCCAGCCUGCAGCAGCUGACCCGGCUGUUUGAGCAGCACCUGCUUCCCAGAAGCCAUCAGCACGGCUUCCUGGCGCUGCCGUCUCACCCCGCCGACACCGUCUCCCUGCUGGAGCUGCAGUUUCUCUUUGACAUGCUGCAGAAAACUGUCUCUCUCAAACUGAUCAACCCCCCAGGAGAGAAGCUGCAAUCAUCCGUCAAAAUCUUUCCGUUCAAGUCUCUUAAAAGUUUGGAGCUGAAGAGAAUCCCCCCUCACCUCCUGGAGGGUCUCCGAGGAGUCUACUCCCAGCUGGAGGUCUUCACCUGCUCAAAGAGCCUCAGCUCCCUGGAGGAGCUGCUUUCGCUGUGCGGAGGAGAUCUGAGCUCAGCCCUGCCGUGGCUGGAGCUUCACACCCUGAACUUCAGCUACAACUCCAUCGUCUGCCUCGAUCAGUCAAUAAGUUUACUAAACGUCCUGAAAUCUCUAGAUUUGAGCCACAACAAGAUUCAGGAGUGCACAGAAUUUUUAAAGCCUUUAAGCGAACUGGAGCACUUGAAUUUGGGCUACAACUGCCUGCAGAGGGCGCCAACGCUCGGCCCGAGCGCCAGGUCCAAGCUGCUCACGCUCGUCCUCAGGAACAACGAGCUGGAAACGAUUAACGGUGUGGAGCAGUUGUCUUCACUCCAGCACUUGGAUCUGGCCCACAACCUGCUGCUGGAGCACUCCCAGCUGGCUCCUCUCUCCUUAUUGCACUGCCUCAACACACUGAAUUUGCAAGGAAACCCACUGUUCUUUCAGAAGACCCAUCGCCCCUGCACGGUUCGCCAUCUUUCCCCGAGAGCCGCUAGCCUCAAAUUGAGACUUGAUGGGACCCCACUUUCCUCCUCAGAGUUAUCAGUUUUACCUAAAGGAAGCCAGCUUGUCCACAUACCGACUCUACCGUCCAUCACCGUCCCGCAAGAGCCGAGUAACCAGGAAGUGUCCAGUGGAGCCGGGGAUCUGAGCGACAGCAUGUCGGUGGGAGAAAUCGCAAAGUCACGGUUCCGCAAGAAGAAAUCCAGAAGUAAGGUAAAGGUACGCAGGGCCAGCAUUUCUGAGCCGAGUGACACCGAUUAUGAACCCAGAACCCUGUCUUCUGCAAAUGACCUGGUUCUUCCCCACAAGCAGGAAAUCGAGCGCAUGUCCAGCUUCCGGGAUCAGAUAGGAGAAGACUGGCUGAGAUACCACCACCAUCUGGACGGAGGCGGUCCUCCAACCACCCUGGCGAACGUCACCACAAACCAGCCACCACUCACAAACGGCCUCGGCUCCUCCACGCCAGAUCCGUCGAUGGAUUUUGGGCAGGAGACGCCUCAUUUGUCCUCUGUGGAGGUUCUGGAGGUCCUCCCGCCUCCACUGCUUUCAUCAGAGACGAAGGAGGCGGAGCUUGACCUGGAAACGGAGUCCACUUUACAGUGGCCGAGUCAGAGCCAGCAACUUACCGAGUCCACCCUAGAGAGCAGCGUGGCGGACGGUGAAACGGUGAAGCAGGAGGCGCCCAAACCCGAGCCCAGUCCGGAACCACAGAGAUCGUCCUGCACUGCUAGCAAAGAAGCGACUCACGAAGAAGAGGAGGAGCUAGGAGUGGACUUGUGUCACCCGCUGCUUGUUGGAGUUCUCCCUCACCACAAGGAGAGGGAGAGUCCGGAGAACAGGAAGGAGGUGUUCCUGUGCGUCAAGCAGCGACUGGUGCUGGAGGUGGACGUUCAGAGCGGCAGAGAGAGAAGCCGGCUGGAGUUGGACAGCCUGACCCGGGUGGAGACUAAGGAGGAGCAGUGGAACCGGGGGACUACGGAGGAGCUGCUUCCCGUUGUGGAGCUGCACUUCGAUUACAUCAGCGAGGCCAAGAAGAGGAAACGCUACGUGCUUCUAGACGACGACCCUCAGCAGGCAGCGCAGGUCUUGAGUGACGUUCUGACCCGCGUGGUUGAGGAAAACCAGCGGCGCAAUUCGGAGCCGGACCUCAGAACCGUUCGCUUACAGUGCCUCCGCUGCAGGUCAGAGUUCAUGCCUCCGGAGGAGGAGGGAGGAGGAUGGAGGAGAGGAGCAGAGGAGCGGGUGGAGGACGGGUGUGGUGAGGACAACACAGGACACAAAAGUCAAAUCUGUCCCGAAUGCGGCAGCGAUCACGUGGUCCAAGUCGCGGCCCAGUCGGCUCCGUACUGCAGCACCCCCAUCCGCCGCCCGUCCAGACCGGACAGCGAAGACGAGCGUCUGGAAUCGACUCAGAGCUUUUGCAGCGCCAUUAAGGACGAUUGCACAGACGUCAGCUUCAGCAACAGCCCCGUCCACGAAGCCGCGGCCACCACCACCACCGACCCCACCUUCGUCACCGCCAGGGAAAGCUCCUUCUUCAUCGGGGACGAACCCGGCGACACCAGCAGCCUCUCCUCCAACACCGAUUGCCAAAGUAGAGAGGAGCUGGCUGGAAGCUACCAUUACACGGUUACAGGAGCCACGCCGCCUCUAGCUCCAACUUUAGGCCGAUCCAUCCCCAAAGAUGACUUGGACCUUUUUUCCGAGGACUACGAAACCGUAGAUCAUCGGCUUAAACUCUUCUUGGACGUGGAAGUCUUUGAAGAGGAAGAGGAGCUUCAUUCUUUCCUUAAGAUGUCAGCUGUCAAAUUUGGGGAGCAGGGAGAGGUUCCUUCACUGCUGGUCGUGUCUAACCGGCGGAUCUAUUUCCUGGAAGUGACAUCAGAUGUCAAAGGGCAGCUCACCGAUUGGCUGCAGAAGAAGGACAGCUAUCCGAUUGUGGAUCUCAGCUACCUGGAGGUGGGGAUGGGCUCUCAGAGCAUCCACAUGGAGUUUGGCGAUGGAGGCGUGGCCUACACGCUGCUCGUGAGGGACAGCGCGCGCUGCAAGCGCUUCUUUGGCCUCCUGACAGGAAUCGUCCGUGAGAUGGCGCACAAGUCCGAUAGCAAGCUGAAGUCCAUCUCCACCACGAGGCUGUCGGCUCAGCACCACCUCUGGCCUCUCGUGUGCGAGGACAUCCAGGCAGAUGUGGAGGACGGACAGCUCCAGUUCUUCUACAUGCUGGCGUUUGUGCUGCAAGAUGAUAUCUGGACGCCUCUGACGGUUUUGGCGACUCGAGAGACGCUCUACCUGCUCAGAGAAAGUCACCAGUGGAGGAAAGGAAGCUCGACGGCGAGCGAAAGCGAGGAAUCGCGGAGCGGGAGCGUCACCGUUUCAGAGACUCUGCCCAUCAGCUGUGUGAGCUCCGUCGUCCUGUGGCCGUCGGAAGAGUGCAGGAUGGAUAUAAAGCUCUACGACGAGACUGUGAAACAGGAGAGGACGUGGUGCAUGCGGUCGGAGAGCGGCGAGCUCCUCCAGGGCCUGCUGGCCUGGGUCAGGACACAGUGGGAGGCCAUGUUCGGAGUGAAACUACACACGACCCUGCAAGACGACGCAGCGUCAUAAAAGAAGACACACAAGACUAACGGAAAAGAGUUUAAAAAAAAGGAAAACAAAAGUUUAGUCAGCCUGAGCAAAUGUGUCUUUAUUUUCUCUCUCGCACUCAGUCUGGUCCCAUUACGUUUGUUGCUUUAAGCCAAAGGCUUAAAACUGGACUCAUUCAUGUGGUACACAAACCUGUAAAAAGCUUUGGUUGCAUAAUUUUUUUUUUUUCCUCCAGAAAAAACAUCCUGCCCAACUUUUCUCCAGCUCAAAUGGAGUGUGCCUUGUUUCUUUUAUGGACGUCCCGCUCUCCGGUUCACCUCAAUGCGUGUCACGUUGUUCCCUAAAACAUCUGUAGCAUUCCAGAAAUGUGGAGCAGAUUUGGAAUUAGGGGGCAUUACGUCUGAGGAGGGGGGGAAUUCACCUUAAAUUAAGACCUUUUAAUCUCGACAGUACCCCCUCCUUUGGCCCGUUUAAGCAUUAACACGAGGUUAUGAAGGAUUUUACCCCCACUUAAAGAGUCAAGAGUUUGCAUAAAUGUUUAAAAAUCGUUAAAUAAAAGUGUGAAAAUUCAUUUUUUUAAAUAUAACUCUGUUUUUAUGGUUUGUUUUGGUUCAUCAGGGAUUGACGUCAUGUCUGUUACAGCUGUGAUUUCAAUUAAAACGAAGCCUAAUUUAUUGUAAAUUUGUCAUAAAUUGAUAACAUAAAUCUUGAGUUUUAUUUUUUUAAGAUGUUGUAAACUUGAAUAUAAAAAGUUUGUGUGUCUACUUUGUUAACAUAGUUCUCAUAGCAUCAACGCAGCAUGUCCUCUAAUAAAGUGGGUUCUUCCCGCCGCACAUUUAA